GAGAAGGCGUAUUCUGUUUAGUCUCGUCUAAUACGAUUUCUAGUUCCGGACCUUGUCCCUCACCGGCUUACGUAGGGUUAGUAAGGCGGCUGGCUGUGGCUCUAGCUUUCCUUACUGUCCUGAGCGCAGCCUUAGAAAGCCUAGUAAUGACUCCGUUCUUGACUGUUGGCCGAGCUGGGCACGUUCUUUCGUCUGCAGUAUAAGGACUAGCGCAGUUACAGCACUUAGGGUCCGACUCGCAAGUAGCGUAAUCGGUUGAUCUAUAUCUAAUGUACCUACUAGAUCUUUAACAGCCCCGUGCGUCGUGGUAGCCGUGGCAUUUAGUAUAUUGGAGAAUGCUGGCUUUGCGUUUGAUUUGGCGAGCCCUAGCGCUCGUGCCGAAUAGCCUAAAAGGUAGCGUUGCCUUAGUAAAGGAGACUACUAGUGUUCCUUCUGGUGCAUCUUUAGUAGACCGUCGCGACCAUGUGGCUCGUGUGGGGGUAGAGCUAGUCUGGGAGGAGAUCUCCUCAGUUAGUAAUUGUGGGUUGACCUUAUGUCGUUCGCCGUUAAGGCCGACUAUCUACUUUAGGGUUUGGUCGACUACGUAGGUAUACCAGGUCUGUGCGAUUUCGGCUUUCCCGCUAAUGAGGGUGGCUAUAUUGUUAGCUUUG